AUGUCUACCCAACGUUCCCAAAAUCACCGAAAUCAGCCAGUCUACCAUUUCGAUGGCACUGAAGAUUUCAAAAAGGUCGUCGGAAAGAACGUGAAGUACCACCUGGACAACUGUCUCAAGGACAUGGGCCAGAAGGCAAAGGACACCAUCAAUGAUCUCGUGAAUCUCCUUCCUUGGAAGAAGAAGGAGGAGGCAGAAAAGAAGGAGAAGGGGAUCAAAGAGUUUCCUAUACGGUUUAGAAAGCUAAUGAAAACGUUGAACACCUCAAUAUUAUUUCUCCUCUGCACGUCGUGUGAAAAGUUUAUGAAUGUUAUACUCAUUCGAGCUUUUCAGAGAUACGAGCUUAACAGUAAAAGUCAAUACUAUAACAGUAGACCGGGGAGGGGGGAGAAGUUCAUGAUAUCAAAGACCGAUGGUUCACGAUAA